UUAAAAUCAGAGUUUCUCUGAUUGUCAGCUAGAUCUCUACAAGCUCUGUGUUUUUGUUAAGAAACAGAUAUCAGGGAAAAUGAGGGAAAAUAUAAGAAAGCACAGUUAGAUUCUCCUUUACUUGAGUUUACAGCAUCCCAACAGGUUUGGCGUGGCUGCCUAGCAACUAAAAAUGUUUCCAGGUGUAUAGUAAGAACAUUUGUUUUUACCAAAUUCAUAUGAGGCGGAAGGAUUUGGCAAAAUCUGUGUUUUUCCCAUUUUUCAGAAAGAAGACUUUAAGGUGCGCCAAACUGAACAUUUAUAAAAUCAUCAUACCAGAGUAACUGGAACAUGGCUGGAAAUGUUCUCAUCACAGGACAACCUUAAAGGAGCACUUGAUGAUUCAGGGUGGAGAGAAACCUGACCUCUGUGGUAUCUGUGGCUGAUGUUUCCAUAAUGACAGCUGCUACAGCUAUAGUUCUCUAUAUUGGCUUGGACAGGCUUCACCUCAGAGUCCACCAUGAUGACGAGCGGUAUGAGUGUGAUGUUUGUGGGAAAACCUUCAUACGCCACGAUCACCUGACCAAACAUCAGAAAAUACACUCUGGUGAGAAAGCACACCAGUGUGAGGAGUGUGGCAAGUGCAUUAGAUGCCAUGAUCACCUGACAGUCCACUACAGAAGUGUUCAUCUGGGAGAGAAAGUCUGGCAGAAGUAUGUUAUACAAACCACGGGCUGGUUCUCUAGUGCAGUGGUGUUGUUGUUGUCACCGGCUUCUCUCUCUCCUUUCCAGAGUAGCCUGUAACUUUGGCAAGUGUUGUUUUCUUUUGUUGUCUGCAUAAAUAAAUA